UGAGUGAAAAAUAUCAACUUGUCUUCUCCUCUCCUCCUCCUUCCUUCCGCUUUCCUCUUUCUUGCUUUCCGUCGCCAAACCAUUUUUUCUUCAACUUCAUCCAAUCAUGUAACUUCCUUCACUCUCUUUACCUGCUGCUUCGGAUUCAAGUAUUUCACUCUUUAUCAGCUCUCAAGAUUCUUGCUUUUUCUGUUCUUCAUACUCUUCUUAGCUAGCAUACCGCUCAAUCAUCUGAGAUUUCUUUUGGGAGGUUAACGAAGAAGGGUCCGAUGAGUUCAACUUCGAAUCCACUUUCCGAAAUAUCCCCAUCGCCGUCCCCGUCGUCCGCGACGGCGCCGGCUUUGGUUUUGUCAAACUCCGGCAAGAGAAUCGACCAGGCUGGGAAGAAGAAGUACGUGAAGCAAGUGACUGGACGGCACAACGAUACCGAGCUUCACUUGGCGGCUCGACGGGGAGAUCUUGCCGCCGUGAAGCAGAUCCUCGGCGACAUCCAUUCGCAGAUAAUGGGGAAUUUCAGUGGUGAUGAUGUGAACACAGAGAUAGCUGAGGUGCGAGCAUCUGUUUUGAAUGAAGAGAAUGAAUUGGGAGAGACGGCUCUAUUCACAGCAGCAGAGAAAGGGCAUCUUGAUGUUGUGAAGGAAUUGCUUAAGCAUUCAAAUAAAGAGACUGUUUCUAAGAAGAAUCGCUCAGGCUUUGAUCCAUUGCAUAUUGCUGCAAGUCAAGGGCAUCAUGCCAUUGUCCAGGUUUUACUAGAUUAUGACCCAGGAUUAAGCAAGACAAUUGGCCCAUCAAAUGCUACUCCACUUAUAUCUGCAGCGACAAGAGGGCACACAGAAGUGGUAAAUGAACUGCUGUCGAAGGAUGGUAGCUUGUUGGAAAUCUCUAGGUCAAAUGGCAAAAAUGCAUUGCAUUUAGCUGCACGUCAGGGCCAUGUAGAAGUUGUAAAAGCACUGCUCGGUAAAGACCCACAAUUGGCACGUAGGACUGACAAGAAAGGACAGACUGCAUUGCAUAUGGCUGUAAAAGGACAGAGUUGUGAUGUGGUAAAACUGCUGCUUGAUGCAGACGCCGCUAUUGUCAUGCUUCCCGACAAAUUUGGUAACACUGCAUUGCAUGUAGCAACCAGGAAAAAGCGAGCAGAGAUAGUGAACGAGUUAUUAAAUCUACCAGACACCAAUGUUAAUGCAUUAACCAGAGACCACAAAACAGCUCUUGACAUUGCUGAAGGUCUUCCGCUUUCUGAAGAGUCCUCAGACAUAAAGGAUUGCCUUUCUCGGUAUGGGGCUCUGAGAGCUAAUGAGCUCAACCAACCAAGAGAUGAACUGAGGAAAACUGUCACUCAGAUUAAGAAAGAUGUUCACAUCCAGCUAGAACAAACCAGGAAAACCAACAAAAAUGUUCAUAAUAUCUCUAAAGAGCUAAGAAAACUCCACAGGGAAGGAAUCAACAAUGCCACAAACUCGGUAACUGUUGUCGCCGUGUUGUUUGCAACAGUUGCUUUUGCUGCUAUUUUUACUGUACCUGGUGGCGAUGACGAUGAUGGUAGUGCAGUGGUAGCAAGCGGUUCGGCUUUUAAAAUCUUCUUCAUCUUUAACGCUAUUGCACUUUUUACAUCCUUGGCUGUUGUGGUUGUUCAAAUUACCUUGGUUAGAGGGGAAACUAAAGCGGAGAGACGGGUGGUGGAGGUGAUUAACAAGCUAAUGUGGCUGGCUUCUGUUUGUACUUCUGUUGCAUUCAUAGCCUCCUCGUACAUAGUAGUCGGUCGGAAGAACUGGUGGGCGGCAAUUCUCGUUACAGUAGUUGGGGGAGUAAUAAUAUCUGGAGUUAUUGGCACAAUGACUUACUAUGUGGUGAAGUCCAAGAGAGGCCGAUCGAUGAGAAAGCAGAAGUAUGCCAAAAGAAGUGGAUCUAACUCAUGGCAUCAUUCUGACUUCUCCAAUUCAGAGAUCGAACGGAUUUACGCCCUUUAACCUCGAAUUUGCAAUCCUGGCCGAAGGCAUCAGACCAAGUUAUGAUGAAAACUGUGACAGGUGUUCUUGAUUUAUGCUCCAGAUCACUGCUUCAAGAGCGAAAUAAGAAACUAUAUGUUUACACAUGUUCAUCCUCUUACCUCUUGCUGUAGUACCAUGAAAUAUUGGAAUCAAGCUUGGUUUUCAUUAUAUUUCUGUGUUGCAGAGCCUAGUGUAUUAUCUUGAUCACCCAGGUAAAUAUAUGCCAUUUAUGGGCUGAUACUGUGAUUUGCAGAAAGAAGAAAUCGAACAACGAUUUUUUUUU